AUGCAAAUUGUCAAGACAAAGUCAACGGCGGAGAUGAAGGCUAUCGGCGAGGAUUUCAUUGCCCUUCUUCCAGAUGAACCAGAAGAUAUGUGGCACGCCAACAACCUGAUCCAGCCACGAGAUGUUAUCAAAGCACACGCCGUUCGCAACCUGGUCGAUGUGACAGAUACGGGAUCAACCACGAAGAGACGCGUGCACACGGAGUUGAUCAUUCGCGUGGAGACGACAUUUUUCGACCCGGUUGUUUCGUCGCUGCGUGUGACAGGCUCGGUGGUAGCCGACAACCCCUACGUUUCCAAGGGCCAGCGCCACACGCUCGAUCUCGAGCUUCACCACCCCUUUGUGCUGUGGAAAAGCCACGGCUGGGACACAGUUUCGACAGAGGAGCUGCGUGAGGCUGUGCGUCAGGACCGCGAGGGAGCACUGGCGGCAGUGGUCAUGGGCGAGGGCCAGGCCGACAUCUGCCUCAUUACCGACUACCAGACGCUGGUCAAACAGCAUGUCGUCGGCUCGCUGCCCAAGAAGCUGACAGAGACCAGCGAGGUUGAUGCCGGUGUGCUGCGCUUCUACGGAAAGAUGCUCGACACCCUACUGCGCUCCAUUGACUUUUCAUCCGAGCGCCUGCUGCUGCUGGCCAGUCCAGGCUUCUCGGCCCAAAAUUUCCGCAAGUACAUGCUCGGCGAGGCGCAGGCACGCGGCGACAAGGUGUUGAAGCAAAUAGCCAAACAGGCUGUCGUGGUGCACUCGAGCUCCGGCAAAGUGCAUGCGCUCAACGAGGUGCUCAAGAGCCCGGAGGUGGCUGCUCUGCUGCGGGACACCAAGUUCCGCUCCGAGAAUCAGGCCGUGGACCAGUUGCUCGAACGGCUGCGAAAUGACGACGGUCGUGUCACAUAUGGCGUCCGCCCGGUCGAGAAAGCCGUGCAGGAGGGCGCCGUAGGUGCUGGCGGCGGCAUGCUCCUCAUCAUCAACUCGCUCUUUCGCAGCCUGGACGUGGCCACACGACGGCGCUAUGUGGCAAUUGUGGACAAGGUAAAGGCUGACGGCGGCGAGGCCAAAAUACUGAGCAGCGAUCACGAGAGUGGCCAGCGGCUGCAAAGCCUAGGCGGCAUCGCCGUCAUUACCACGUAUCCCAUUGUGGACGCCGACGAGGACGAGGGCGAGAACGAGGUCGGCAGCCACGUAGGCGAGAGCAAUGGUAACCAGACCUUUGCCACGGACAACGCGGUUGCCGAUCUUUUGAUAUGA